AAGUCUCUUUUUAUAUUUAACAUAGUUUUUUUUAUAAAACAAAAAGUUUUUUAAUUAUAAAUUCUAAUUAUUAAAAUUUUAAUCCAAUAAUUUUAUAAAAAUAAUAAAUACAAUGAAUUUUUACAAAAAAUUACUAUACUUUUUAUUUAUUUAUUAUUUGGUAAUAUUCAAAGAAACGGAAAAUUCCCGAAUUUUGGGUGUCUUUCCCUUUCAUUCAAAAAGUCAUAAUCUCAUGUUUGAAUCGUUAAUGAAGGGAUUAGCAAAACAUGGACAUAUUGUUGAUAUCAUCACUCAUUUUGAAAUAAAAGAUCCACCAAAUAAUUAUCGAAUAAUUAUUAAUUUAAAUGAAACUAAUUUAUCAAAAUUAACUAAUGCACUACCAAUAAAUUUUAUUUCAACUGUAAAACACGAUAUGCCAUAUUUUUUUGCCAUAUGGGCAGAAAAUGUUUGUCAAUUGUUAUCACAGGAAAAAAUGCAAAAAUUUAUUAAAAACUCAUCAAUUAAUUAUGAUCUCAUUAUCACAGAGGCCUUCACAGCAAAUUGUUAUUUUGGAUUGGGUUAUGUAAUUAAAGCACCUGUGAUAACAAUAUCAACAAUGAUGGAAUUCCCAUGGACUUUUAGUCCAAUUGGAAAUCCUGAUUCAAGUUCAUUUGUCGCAAAUAUAUUUUUUCAAUCGUCAAUAAUUGAGACAUUUUUCGAUCGUUUCAAAAAUACACUAAUGAUUCAUUACAAUAGAAAUAGAUUUUAUAAAUUCACCGAGAAAUCACAAACGAAAAUAAUGAGGAAAUAUUUGAGUCCUAAUAUACCAAAUAUACGUGAAGUGGAAAAAAAUGUUGCACUAAUGUUUACAAAUUGUCAUUAUACAAUUUGUCAGGUAAAACCACAAAAUCCAGCUAUUAUUUCCAUAGCUGGUUUGCAUGUUGAACAAAAUACUGAUGUACUUCCAUUUGAACUAAAAAAAUGGAUGGAUGACAGUGCAAAUGGUGUAAUUUAUUUUACAUUUGGUUCAAUGUAUCUCAUUGAAAGUCUAUCGGAAAAUAUUCUCCUUGAAUUUUAUGAGGCAUUUUCAAAAAUAUCACCUAUUAGAGUGCUAAUGAAGAUAGCUAACGAAAAUAUGUUGCCACCAGGUCUUCCAGAAAAUGUGCGUUUAUUUUCAUGGCUACCGCAAAUUCCAAUUUUAAAACAUAAGAAUACAAAAGUUUUUAUAACACACGGCGGUCUAUUGGGAUGUCAAGAGGCAAUUUAUUAUAGCAUACCUUUCAUAGGAUUUCCACUAACUGUUGAUCAAUUUAUAAAUGUGGAUAUUUUAGUGAAGAAAAAAAUGGCAAUUCAAAUGAAUCAUGAAACAAUGACAGCUAAAAAUUUAAUUGAAUCUUUAAAUUUAAUUCUUUUGGAUCCAAGUUAUAAAAAUGCUGCUAUACGAGAAUCUCGUCUAUUUCGCGAUCGACCAAUGAGCGCAAUGAAAACUGCAAUAUUUUGGGUGGAAUAUAUAAUUAGAAAUGGUGCAAAAUCAUUAAAAUCACCAGCUGAAGAUUUAUAUUGGUGGCAAGUGGAACUUUUAGAUGUUUAUGCAUUUUUAAUACUCUUGUUUUUAAUAAUUUUAUAUCUAUUUAUAUUUCUAAUGAAAAAAAUUUUUCUUCUAAUAUACAAUCGAAAAAAUUCCUCACAAGCUUCAAAGAUGAAAAAUAAUUAA